AUGGAGGAGCAUCCGCCGAUCAGCGCCGAAACGCUGAGGGAGACGGUGAAAGAUCUUACCAAGAAGGCCAAGUUCGGAGAGGCGUGCGAUCGCCUCAGGGGUUGGACGGAGCGCGCCGAGGUUGUCGGGAGCCUUCGAUCAGAUCUGCUCGCGGCCAUUCUGAGAUCUGCGACGGUCCUGAGAAGUAGGCAUGCUCCCGAUUCGUCCGGCUGGCGGCACGGCCUGCGCCUCUUUGAGGCAGCGGCGGUGGUGUUUGAGGGCCACGAUGAUGCGGGUAAGAUCUCCGAGUGUCUCGAGGCUGCCGCGCUGACCGUGGACGCCGAUGACGACGAGAACGCCAAGAACGUCAUCGGCUCAUCAGAGGCGAACGAAGAACGAAACGCACCGAAGGCGUUCGAGGGGCAGUUCUCCGGUGAGGUGGAGAGCGAGUUCGACAGGCAGAGGCGCACGGCGGGACCCGGGACGGGCGGGGCCAUUCCCGCGGAGCUCUUCGAGAUGUUCCGCGACCCAACGGAGACUGCGGAGAGGAGGAGAGACGCGCUGACUGCCUGGCUGUCGUCGGCGCACCCUUCGUCGAAUACGGCUGUGGACGUCGACGCGCUGAUGGAAGUCCUCUCGGGUUUCGACGCGUCGUCGUUCGGUUCGGACGCGGCGGUCGACGGCGCGGCUUUCGGCGCGAGACGAACGAUGGGGUCCGCGGGGAGCGACGCCCUGGCGGCGCUGGCGGAGCGCGUCGUGACGCUCAGGACCGGCGACGACGUGGCGUCGCUCGGCGAGCCCGAGUGCCCCAUAUGCAGGGACGAGUUCGACGUGGGAAGCCGGGUGAUCAAGAUGCCGUGCGCGCGGACGCACGUGUUCCACAGGGAUUGCGUCGCGACGUGGCUUCGCAAGGAUGACAGCUGCCCGCUGUGCCGGUCGUCGCUUCCAAUCUGGCUCGGUCGACCGCAGUACGCGUAG